AUGGCACGCAGAGCUGAUACCAGCUUCCAAGUUGUUCCUGCCACACCUACCCCCGGCGCUGUCCUCAACCCCGCCCGCCCAUCUACAAAUCACGAAACGGUUAAAGCAGAAAACCAGCUGUGGAAUAUCCGCAGGCGGGCGUCGGCGGAGCCUUGCAACCACGCAAGACACACCCACCCGGACCCAUCCGGGGUUGGAGACGGAGCCGGUGUAAAAAAGCCUACGGGUAGAUUGGAACGAGACUAA